CGUCACACCAUUACCGUAGUUGCGUAAACGGACUUUCAAAUGGUCCGGAACCUGUCUUUUGCAAUUACCCCAAUUUCAUAUUUGUUGAGAUAUUUGAAUUGAAACGCGUUCAGUUGUCAAUAAAAGCCUUUAUAAUUGUUUUCUUUCCUAAAGAAUCGGUUACGAACGGUUCAAUUAAUAAAUUUGCCCCAUAUUCGAGGAUUUUCUGGAACAUUUCUCCAGAGUUUCAGUUCUUAGGGUUGUUUUAUCACCAAACCUAUUUUGUUGUUUCAAUAGGUGCUGCGGAGUGUAGAUGUGAUUGAAUUGUACUCUUUUUGGAAUAUUUGAGUGCUGUUGCAUCCGUUUCGGCAAAAUACGUUUUUGCAUUUUAAGUGGCCGCUACAACGUCUGUCAAAAUAUUACAAAGUGCUGUACGUGGAUAGUUUACACGUUACAAAAAAGAUAGAAUUACUUUUCCUUAGUGAACCCAGUGCACCUGCAUUUCUCUUUGGAUCUAUAAUCUGAUAAUUAUCAAGUGAGUCUAUUUUGUUUGUCCACUUCCCAGGUUUUUUUUACGUCUAAAAGGAGAUAAGUUCUGUUACAGUUUCUUUUACUUCUUUUCUUUUUUCUUUUUGUUUUUUAUUUAACAUUUUCUUCCAUUUCGUUGCAUCGUUUUAGACUUCUAAUUUUGUGUUGCAUUCUUCUCUUUUAUACCGCUCUAGAUCUUCCUUCUAUAUCAUAUUCACUCAAAUCCAAGACUCUCCUUCAAUUGUUUAUUAUUAAUUGCCUAUCUAAUUUUGCUUACGAUCUUUCGUCAUGACUACUAAUACAGAAAGUUUGCCUGUUUUGUACUCCUCGCUGUAUACCAAGGAGGAGUUUCCCAGUUCUGUCGCCGCCAUUUCUGAUCAAAACGCGCCUAUGGCGAUGAACAUGUCAAAAAAGCGAGGACCCAUUGCUGAUAAAGCAAGUCUUGAACGAUCAUCGUCUGAUGAAAACCAGUCUCUUCAAGAUUUAGAUGAUGAUUUGUUAGAAGAAAAACCCAAAAAAUAUGGCCGAAAGUCUGGUGAGAAUGAACCCCAAUCGAAAAGAAAGGCUCAGAAUCGCGCUGCACAACGUGCGUUUCGCAAAAGAAAGGAAGAUCAUCUUAGGACUUUAGAAUCACAAGUGGUCACUCUUCAACAGCUCAACUCAACCACGAACAUAGAGAAUGAAGAAUUGAAAAAGAGGGUUCAGAGAUUAGAAGAGGAACUUGCGGCAAUGAGAAAAGGUCCUUUUACUUUUGAAAUGAGUAUGCCACAUCGUGAUCCUGCUUAUCUCUCUACCCCUAACAACGUUUAUGCUCCUCCCGCUGGCGAUCAGUAUGACAGUGUCCCAUAUGAUGUAACAUUGGCACACAACGAUUCAAAUUCCUCUUCAAAUCAGGAUUCGACAUCAGCAAACAGUAAUCAAUAUGGAGUUCCUGGUUUGGUAGAAUCUAAUAGUUCAAUGCGAGGCACCUUAUCUCCGGAAACUCCAAUUUCUGUCGAUUCUCCUCAACAGCAGCUGCAGAGGCCUGACCAUAAACGGGAUUCUCUUUCUCUGUCACCAUACCAAGAUGAUUUUUUCGUUCAUCGCAAUGCUUCUAUGGAUGGAAAGCAAUUUUGUCAAAAGUUGUCUUCAGCAUGCGGUUCCAUUGCUUGUUCUAUGUUAACUAGAAAUACGCCUCACCGUGCAAGCGUCGAUAUUCUUGGCGAUGUGGGUCAAAAAGACGAUUCCGUGAAUUAUAUUGAAUCUUCAACCGAACCGAAAGGUUUUGAUACAGAGAAACCACCCUUGAAGCCGUUCUCCAAAUCUUGGUAUCCUGAUGAAACAUUGAAACAGGAGGCACCGAAAUCUAUGGCGGGACUAACUGGUACUGAUUUACCUGAUUAUGACGCUAUUUUUGAACCGAAUCCCAACAUUAUUAAUACUGGAAAUUAUGAAGGAGGUGACGCUGUGUCUGAUUUAUUCUCUACUUGGAGAGAACCUACUGAAAAUUUGGAUAAAGAUUAUUUCAACGACGAUGGUGAUACCGAUAACAUGUUUCGAACGUACUUUAGGGAUGUUGACGAGGACCAAAACGAUGAUUUCUCAAUUUUUGGUAUUGGUGAUAAUGCGCCUAGUUCUUUGAAUUUCUUCAAUGAACAAAAGGAAUUCGCCAAUGAAGGGGAUUAUAAGAAGGAUGUUUCAGUCGAAUUGCCGAGUGUGCAUCCUGAAUAUAGUAACGCUGAUUUAUCUAAUCUUCAUCCUUUAGCCUCUAAUGAAAGCAAGAUCGAGGGUAAACAGCCGAGUAAAUAUACUGUACAGGAUCCUCAAGCCAAGGCUGAUGAUGAAGUUAUUCCAUUCAAAGAACAGAAAUUCAUAAAGUGUCCCGAAAUAUGGUCGAAGAUAAUGAGCCAUCCAAACUUUUCACAAAUCGACAUUGACGACUUAUGUUCCAAGCUCAAGCAAAAGGCAAAAUGCUCGGCUUCUGGUGUUGUUCUCGAUCAGCAAGAGUUGGAUCAAACAUUAAAGAAGCUUUAAGGGUUUUAUCGGUGAAGAAGGUUGGAUUUUAGGAUUUUUUUAAGGUGUUGUAAGACAGGAGGCGGAUUACAUUUGUUACUAUUUUGAUAUCCUUGAGGAAAGGUAUCUGCGGUAGAGUCAUACAUAUAUACACUCCCUUUUGUUCUGUUUGAUAAUUUAUAGUAUGUAUUAAUGUUAACCAUACAAUGGAUGCGUAUCUGCUUUUAUUAAAUUUGCCUAAUUCUUAAUAAUAAUGGCUACCCUGGUGGGCCUUUUUGAAUCUUUUUUUUUAUAUAUAUUUUUUUGUAACGAAAGGGAAAGCCCAAACUUUUAAAUCAAUUAAUGAAAGGUUUGAAGUGAAGUAGUUCAAGAAGGGGGAUAAUAACAAUUGAGGAUUCAAGUAAUUCUUUAGUAUAGACAAAUUAAGGGCGAAAAGAUAUUUUGAAAUAAUGAACAAUAUACUAACGUACAAAAUAUUAAUAUCAUUAUGUUUUCUACGAGACGAAAAUCA